AUGAAAUUUUUCAUUGCCCAUUUGGCGUUUGCAGAUUUAACUGUUGGUUUAAUAAGCGUCCUGACAGACAUUGUGUGGAGAAUUACUGUAACCUGGUAUGCUGGCGACGCCUGGUGUCGAUUUAUCAAAUUUGCUCAAGCUUUAGUUACCUAUGCGUCAACUUACGUCCUAGUUUCGCUCAGCAUCGACAGAUACGAUGCCAUCCGACAUCCGAUGAAAUUUUCAGGAAGCUGGAGGAGAGCCAAAAUUUUGAUAAUCCUCGCCUGGGGUGUGAGCGCUCUAUUCUCAAUUCCGAUGCUAUUUUUGUACGAAGAAAAAAUUGUCCAAGAUCAAAAACAAUGCUGGAUCGACUUUGAUGAGCAAUGGCAAUGGCAGCUCUAUAUGGUGCUGAUUUCUUUGGCUCUAUUCGUAAUUCCGGCUCUAAUUAUAACGGCCUGCUACGCUGUAAUGAUUAAAACUAUUUGGUCAAAAAGUUCGGCUCAAUUUCCUGUGUUUAGAGGCCGCAAAGACAGUUUCAAUGAACGCAUAGGAUCAGAUGGCGAUAGAAGAGCUUCUUCUAGAGGCCUCAUACCUAGAGCCAAAGUUAAGACGAUUAAAAUCACUUUGGUUAUUGUUUCUGUUUUUAUAGUGUGCUGGAGUCCUUAUAUAAUAUUUGAUUUGCUACAAGUUUUUGGGUAUAUACCUCCAACGCAAACCAAUACAGCUAUAGCCUCUUUCAUACAAAGUCUAGCCCCUUUGAAUUCGGCAGCUAAUCCUAUUAUUUAUUGUAUAUUUUCUACGCAUUUUUGCAAAGUACUUGGGAAAAUUGCCCCAUUUAAAUGGUGCAAAAUUCAAAAGAGACGAAAACCUCGCAAUUCUACAACCAAAAGUAGUACCAUUUCAGAGGUGCUCACAAAUAACACUACCAAAAGAAGAUCGGAUAUGGUGACGUCCAUUAAUAAGGCCCAUACUGCCAUUGUGGUGGCUUUGGUACACGAUAAGACUUAA